AUCUAUCUCUAAACAUGCCGUUCCUAAGGUGUUAAUUGCAUUUCUUUCUUCCUUUCUCUCCAAAAGACCUUUUUGCGCUUUCUUAGUUUCAUUUUCCACGGAAAUUUCCAGGGAAAGGAUUUGGAAAAUAAAGGUAUUGCUUUUUUUAAAAAAAAUUUGCAGGAAUUUAAGUAAUUUUUUUCUUGGAAUUUUGGUUUUUUACUUUGGUGAUUUUAGAUGCAAUCCUCUGGUUACCUUCCCACUUGGAUCUCUGCCGUUUUUUCCUGCAUGGGGAAUCUUUUGGGUUAUGUUUAGUGCUUACUUGUUGUAUAAGCGAACUACAAAAUGAGACGUGCAGACUAGGGGGAACACUUUGGGGGACUUCGAUUCUAGGGGCAUUCUUUGCUUGAAGCAUUGGGUACCUGAUUGCAUGGCACAAGAGUUUUUGUUUUGCUUUUGAGAUUUGGGUUCUACUACGGGAGGUAUGGAUCCUAGGUGUUGUUUAUUAGCCCAGACCGAGAGAUGUUUCGGGCAGAAACCAUUUUGUUCUUUUGUUUUGGAUUCUGGAGCAUUUUUGCGUGCUCUAGCACUCCGGCUAAUGGGAGCACUCAAGGCUAAAUGCAAAUCUCUUUUCAGAAGCAGAGGUUGUUUUGGGUGCUUCACGAAACCCUCACUGAUUACCGGUGUGGAAGAUCCAUCUCAAAGGGAGCCGGACCAGAAAGCUAGCUUUUCUGAUGAUUCCUGGAAUAGCAGUGCAUGCGAAAUGGAAUAUAGCGGAGUCCUGUCCCUUUCAGCGAACAACAACGCAUCAAAUCUUGAUCCUUCUGGCAGCACAACUCAACUAUCUGAUUUUAUAAAUCACGGUCUUCUUCUUUGGAACCAAACAAGGCAACAAUGGCGUGGAAAUAAGAAAACUGAAAAUAGGGUGCUGCCUCGAGAACCCACGACAAAUUCGAAUACAAUCUACGAGAGUUUACAUGGGGAUUAUAAGCCAUUCCCCCACCCGAUUCCGCUUUCUGAAAUGGUGGAUUUGCUAGUUGAAAUUUGGGAGCAAGAGGGCUUAUAAAAAUUAAGCUGGAUGAUGCAAACAGAGCUACAAGAUUGGAAGAGGAAAUACUUUUUCUCAGAAUUUUCUGGGAUUGUCCGUUGAAUUGUCCUAUUCUCUUCUUCUCUGCUGGAUUGUUCUUCAAUAAAAUAUAGUUUACAACAAGUCCCUUUCAGAUUGGCAAGAAAAAAAAUUACACUGUUUCCAGUAAUUCUCUGUUAGUUUUCUUGGCGUUUUUGUUGGUCCCAGUGCGGUAUUCAUCAAUAACCCCUUAAAAGCGCCUUAUGUGCAGCCCACUGUAUCUCAAAACACCAUAACAGUUGUCCGAUGCCCAAUGUGAUCAAACAUCAACAGCACCUCCUGUCUCCUGGCUCCAGUUGUAUCAUCAGUGGAUAUUUACGCAACUCACGACAACAUCUACUACUUUUACACGUGAAAAGACAAAACACCAGAUUACAUGUAUGAAAAGGUUAAGGUAAAGAUGUGGUUUUUUUAAAGGUUAAAUCCAUGGCAGUUUACCUUAUAAGGUGUUG